AUUCCAAUGGUCCUCACUUGAUUGCAGGGUAGCUCUCUCGUCAGUGGCCUGGUAUUUGUCCAUCCUACAUAAUAAUCUGUAGGAGUUUUGGUCGGAAGGUCGCAAGCUUUUCAGGUGGCCGCCAUGACCGCGCUUGAAUUUCUGCCGACAUCGAACCCGUGGGCCUUGGCCGCGGUCGUGACACUGUUAUCCUUGUGCUCGCUUGUAUACUGGCUCGCACAAAGGCCAGCCUUCCCGCGGAAUGCCCCGCCGAUGAUAAAGGGAGGCAAUUUCCCCGUCUUCGGUGCUGGGCUGCGCUUCUUCAAGGAACGAUGGGAUUUCCAUCGCCAAGCAGCGAUUGAUUCCAAAGGCCAGCCUUUCUCCUACUAUGUUGGCCCGCAUCCGGUGAUUGGAAUGACCGGAGAGCAAAACCGCAAACUCUUCUUUGAACACAAGGGCUUCAACUUUUCCAACGCAUAUACGACCUUGUUCGGCGGCGGCGGCCAGAUCCGCGAGGACACCGCAGCUCGCGCGACUAGCGAUGGUGCAGGAUCUGAGGCCGGGGACGCCAGCGGCUUCGCUUUGUACUUCAAUCGUCGUUUAAUCGCAAUGCUCAAGGGCAACGUGAUUCGCAAAGGUCUGCCCAACCUCUUGAAGGACACCCGCGCCCGACUCGACGAGCUGGCUCGUGACUCACGUGGCAUCACCGAUCCGUUCGACAGCAUCUAUCGUAUCGUAUUUCAGUUGACAAUGAGAACGGUGGCGGCACGGGAGAUCUGCGAAGACGAUGCUUUACGCGAGCAAUGCCUGCGGCACUUCGAGAUGCUCGAUGAGAGCACGUCCGCGCUCGGAGUAAUGUAUCCUUGGCUUCCGUUGCUGAGCACAGCCAAACGCAACUACGCUGGCGCCCGCUUGUAUAUGGUAUUCAACAACCUUAUCACGGAUCGAAAGAAGCACAACCGGACGGAGGACGAUGCGAUGCAGUAUCUACUGGACCAAGGAGACAACGUCGUAGAUAUCAUCACGUUCGUGCUAGGAUCAUUGUUCGCGGGACAACUCAACUCUGGCAUCAAUGCGGCGUACCUACUGUGUUUCCUCGGACGGGACCCACACUGGAAAGGGAAAGUGAUCGAGGAGAUCCACACUGUCGCGGACAAGUACUCCCCAGAUGCGACCAAACCGCUGGUAGAUCGAUUGAUGGACGUGCCUCUAGAGGCCUGGGAGGGCGAGUUCCCCGUCGUCGACAUUUGUCUCAAGGACUCGAUCCGCCUGAAUCUUCCGGGUACUGCAUUCCGCCAGAACCUAAGUGGCCAGGACAUCCCACUCGACAAAGAGGGCCGUACAGUUGUCCCGCAUGGUGCAUUCAUGACUUAUGCAAGCGGCGACAUGUUCUACAAUCCAGACAUCUACCCUAAUCCGGAACAAUGGGACCCUGCACGGUACUUACCCGAGCGCGCCGAAGAUAAGAAGGAGCAAUAUUCCUGGACUGGUUGGGGUGUGGCACGCCACCCAUGCCUCGGUAUGCGCUUCGCUAAGCUCGAAAUGAGCAUGAUUGUCAGUUUCUUUGUCGCAUACUUUCCCGACUUUCAUCUCUCCGACUCUAAGGGCGUAAAGAGCGAUUUUAUUCCUUUAGGCGACCGCAACAACCUGACGGCUAAGAAGCCACGGGAGAAUGUGUAUCUUAAAUAUCAGUAGUCGCUAUGAAUAUGAGCUCAAUGAAACUUCC